GGGGCUCCUUAAAGAAACGCUGCUGUCGCUCGCCUGCUCGCUUUUCGCUCGGCAUUGUGGCCAGCCAGCCGGGCGCUCGGGGGGCACGCGCGGCCGCCGCUCGAGCUCUGCCCCCACCCCGCCCGCCAGCAGAUCUGGGGUGGGGACCCAGGCGGGGGCUCCUGCAGCCGCUGCCCGGUGCGGACCGCAGGGAGCGACCUACUCCUCCCGGCGCGGAGAAGGGAGCGACGGGGUCCUCUGCAGCCGGCCGGCCUCCCCGCCCCUGACCACCGCUUCCCGGCUGCCUUUGUGGCCGCAGCUUCUCGCCGCCGAGCCGAGGGCCGGCGGGGGCGCGGCGCGCACGGCCGAGCGAUGCCCAGCUCGCUGUUCGCAGACCUGGAGCGCAACGGCAGCGGCGGCGGAGGGGGAGGCGGCGGCGGAGGCGGCGGCGGCGGCGGCGGGGGAGAGACCCUGGAUGACCAAAGAGCCCUGCAGCUCGCGCUCGACCAGCUCUCCCUGCUGGGGCUGGACAGUGACGAGGGCGCCUCUCUGUACGACAGCGAGCCGCGCAAGAAGAGCGUGAACAUGACCGAGUGCGUGCCAGUGCCCAGUUCCGAGCACGUCGCCGAGAUUGUGGGGCGGCAAGGUGGGUCCGGCGGGGACGGGGAGCCGGGGGGUCUGUCUCUCUCUCCCACUCCCUCCCUCGCGCCCCGGCUCGCAGGUUGUAAAAUCAAAGCGCUGCGGGCCAAGACCAACACUUACAUCAAGACCCCGGUUCGCGGGGAGGAGCCUGUCUUUGUUGUGACGGGCAGGAAGGAGGAUGUGGCCAUGGCUCGCAGGGAGAUCAUCUCCGCCGCCGAGCACUUCUCCAUGAUCCGCGCCUCCCGGAAUAAGAACACGGCGCUCAACGGCGCGGUGCCCGGGCCGCCCAACCUGCCGGGGCAGACCACCAUCCAAGUGCGGGUGCCCUACCGCGUGGUGGGGCUCGUGGUGGGGCCCAAGGGCGCCACGAUCAAGCGCAUCCAGCAGCAGACGCACACGUACAUCGUGACGCCCAGCCGGGACAAGGAGCCCGUGUUCGAGGUGACCGGCAUGCCGGAGAACGUGGACCGGGCUCGCGAGGAGAUCGAGGCGCACAUCGCCUUGCGUACCGGCGGCAUCAUUGAGCUCACAGACGAGAACGACUUCCACGCCAACGGCACCGAUGUGGGCUUCGAUCUGCAGCACGGGUCCGGCGGGUCCGGCCCGGGCAGCCUCUGGAGCAAGCCCACCCCCAGCAUCACGCCCACCCCGGGCCGCAAGCCCUUCUCCAGCUACCGCAACGACAGCUCCAGCUCGCUGGGCAGCGCCUCCACAGACUCCUACUUCGGUGGCGGGACGAGCGGCAGCGCAGCCGCCACCCCGCGUCUGGCGGACUACAGCCCCCCCAGCCCCGCGCUCAGCUUCGCGCACAACGGGAACAACAACAACAACGGCAACGGGUACGCCUACGCCUCCGGGGAGGCCUCCGUGCCGUCCCCCGACGGCUGCCCUGAGCUGCAGCCCACUUUCGACCCGGCUCCGGCGCCCCCACCUGGGGCGCCACUUCUCUGGGCCCAGUUCGAGCGCUCUCCGGGAGGCGGACCUGCAGCCCCCGCGUCCUCCUCCUGCUCCUCCUCGGCAUCUUCGUCCGCUUCGUCGUCCUCCGUCGUCUUUCCCGGGGCUGGCGCCGGCGCGCCCUCCAACGCCAACCUGGGGCUGCUGGUGCACCGCAGGCUGCACCCAGGCACCAGCUGCCCGCGCCUGUCGCCGCCCUUGCACAUGGCCGCGGGGGCUGGCGAGCACCACCUGGCUCGCCGUGUGCGCAGCGACCCAGGCGGAGGCGGCCUGGCCUAUGCCGCUUAUGCCAACGGGCUGGGGGCGCAGCUGCCCGGCCUGCAGCCGUCGGACACGUCGGGCUCCUCCUCGUCGUCCAGCUCCUCCUCCAGCUCUUCAUCCUCCUCCUCCGGGCUGCGGCGGAAGGGCAGCCGCGACUGCUCCGUGUGCUUCGAAAGCGAGGUGAUCGCCGCGCUGGUGCCCUGCGGCCACAACCUCUUCUGCAUGGAGUGCGCCAACCGGAUCUGCGAGAAGAGCGAGCCCGAGUGCCCAGUUUGCCACGCCGCGGUCACUCAGGCCAUCCGCAUCUUUUCCUGAAGGCAGCGCGCGUGCGCGCACCGUGGGGGAGGGGACCCCC